AUGACACACGCACCAAGUUCAUUUCGGUCUCUACCUGAACGUAUUUCAUUUCCCGAUGAAGAAAUUCAAAUUCUCAAGCUCUGGGAUCAACUCGAUGCAUUUCAAAAAUCCUUAGACUUGUCAAAAGACCGUCCACCUUUUACAUUUUACGAUGGACCACCAUUUGCAACGGGAUUACCACAUCAUGGUCAUAUAUUAGCAGGUACAAUUAAAGAUACAAUCACACGCUAUGCACAUCAAACAGGACAUUACGUUGAACGUCGAUUUGGAUGGGAUUGUCAUGGGCUUCCAGUUGAAAAUGAAAUUAAUAAGAAACUCCACGUGACCACGAAGGAACAAGUGAUGGAGAUGGGGAUUGAGACAUAUAAUGCAGAAUGUCGUAGUAUUGUACAACGUUAUACAAGUGAAUGGGAACGGAUUGUUAAACGAAUUGGACGAUGGAUUGAUUGUAAAAAUGAUUACAAGACAAUGGAACCGUGGUAUAUGGAAUCCGUAUGGAAUGUUUUUCGUACCAUUUACGAUAAGAAUUUGAUCUAUCGUGGUUAUAAAAUUCUUCCUUAUUCAACAGCAUGUACAACGUCACUUUCAAAUUUUGAGGCAAAUUUGGAUUACCGUGAGACACCUGAUCCAUCGGUGAUUGUGAAUUUUCCUCUUGUUGAUGAACCAGACAUUGCUCUAUUGGCCUGGACCACUACUCCUUGGACAUUGCCAUCCAACUUGGCGUUGUGUGUGAAUGAAAACUUUGACUAUGUUAAGAUAAAAGACCUUGCGACGGACAAGAUUUAUAUUCUAGGUGAAGCUCGGCUUUGUCAAGUGUACCCAAAAAUGACCAAGAAGGGAUACAAGGGCAAUGAGUUUGAAAUUUUAGAAACGUUCAAGGGAGCAACACUUGUUGGCAAGAAGUACAUACCGCUGUUUGACUCGUUCAAAGACUGGCCGAACGCUUUUCGUGUGCUUUCGGACAACUACGUGUCUGAUUCUGGUGGUACCGGUAUCGUACAUCAAGCACCGACUUUUGGUGAAGACGAUUACCGUGUCUGCGUGCGUGAAGGCGUGGCUGAUAAGUUUACAUUACCCGAUCCGCUUGAUGAUAACGGUGUCUUUACGGACGUUGUACCACUUGUCAAGGGCCUGCACGUGAAAAAAGCGGACGAUGUUAUCUGUCAGGAUCUAAAAAGCCGCGGUCGCCUUGUGUCCAAGGGUACGGAGGUGCAUAGCUACCCGUUUUGCUAUCGUUCAGGCACUCCGUUGAUCUACCGUGCUAUCCCUGGUUGGUUUGUAAACGUAGAGAGAAUUCGCGACCGCAUUGUGGCCAACAAUAAGCUUACGUAUUGGGUGCCGAGCUUUGUGCAGGAGAAGCGCUUUCACAACUGGCUGGUGGACGGUAAGGACUGGAAUAUUUCGCGUGGCCGCUUUUGGGGUACACCGCUGCCGCUGUGGGUGAGCGAUGACUACGAAGAGGUUGUGUGUGUGGGAUCGAUUGCUGAGCUUGAGGAGCUGACGGGUGAGAAAGUGACGGAUUUGCACCGUGAAUUCAUUGAUCACCUGACAUUUCCGUCAAAAGAGGGCAAGGGUGUGCUUCGCCGUGUACCCGAGGUUUUUGACUGCUGGUUUGAAAGUGGCUCGAUGCCAUACGCUCAGCAGCAUUACCCGUUCGAAAACAAGGAAAAGUUUGAGGCCACGUUUCCGGCUGACUUUGUGGCUGAGGGUCUCGAUCAGACCCGUGGUUGGUUCUAUACACUUAUGGUGCUGUCGACGGCAUUGUUCGACAAGCCCGCAUUUAAAAACCUGAUUGUCAAUGGUCUUGUGUUGGCUGAAGAUGGUCGCAAGAUGAGUAAGAGUCUAAAGAACUUUACGGACCCUGAAGAUAUCUUGCAAAAGUACGGUGCUGAUGCCCUUCGCCUUUACCUAAUCAAUUCGCCUGUGGUACGUGCCGAACCUUUAAAGUUCCAGGCCUCGGGUGUGCUUGGUGUUGUCCGUGAGAUCUUUCUGCCAUGGUUCAACUCGGCUCGGUUCUUUGCCCAGCAGGCUACUCGCCUGCAGCUGGAGACGGGUGUCGUAUUUGUACCCAACCUGGAGGCGGCUCUGGCUUCAACGAACGUUAUGGACUCUUGGAUCAUUGCUGCCUUGCACAAUCUCAUCAAGUUUGUGCAUGAGGAGAUGAAAGCUUAUCGUUUGUACACGGUGGUGCCACGCCUGGUCAGCUUUAUCGGUCAGCUUACAAACUGGUACGUUCGUCUGAAUCGUCCUCGUCUUAAAGGCAGUGCCGGCAGUGCUGAGGCUGCUGUGGCCCUCUCUGCGUUGUACGAGGUAGAGUACAACCUUGCCAAGCUUAUGGCUCCCUUCACACCGUUCUUUACGGAGUACAUGUACCAGUUCUUGCGUCAGUUCCACCCGAACGUUGUGAAUGGUGCUGACAAGGACCUAGCGGAGGAUGCCGAUGGCGUGUCUCCUAGUGCACACUUCCUCAUGCUGCCAGAUUUCGAUGCCAGCCGUGUGGAUGAGGAGGUUGAGCAGCUCAUGCGAAACCUGCAGAGUGUUGUUGAAAUGGGUCGUGUGGUGCGCGAGCGCCGUGCGAUUUCACUGAAAAACCCGGUGAAGAAGGUAAUCGUGGUGUCGAGCGAUGAGAAGGUGCUGGAUGGUCUCCGUCGUCUUGAGACAUACUUGCACGAUGAGCUGAACAUGCGAGACCUUGAGUUCUCGACAGACGAGAAGGAGUGGUGCGUCUUGAAGGCCGAAGCCAAUAGCCGUGCACUUGGUCGUCGUUUAGGCAAGGCCUUGUCAAGUGUGAAAAAGCAGAUUGCGCAGAUGACACACGACGAUGUCGCUGCCUACGUUUCGAAUGAGAGUGUGACUAUGGAUGGUCAUGACCUGACCGGUGAUGAUCUGCUGGUGAAGCGUGAGUUCAAGGGCGACACGACGAUCUUCGAGGCCGACGUGUCACCUGAAGGCAACCUCAUGGUGAUUAUUGAUACACGUGAGGACGAGCAGUUGAAGAUGCAGGGCUGUGCGCGUGAGGUGAUUACCCGCGUGCAGAAACUGCGUAAGAAAGCUGGUCUGGUGGUGCAGGACAAGAUUCACGUAUACUUUGAGGAGAAGGGCGGUGAGGAUGGCCCGAUCUCGACGGCCAUCCGUUCGUUUUUGCCCAUGAUUAUUUCAGCUUUGGGGACAGCUCCUGCCCCGCUGUCGCUGCAGCCUGCGCACAGCGUGCCAAUUGUGUCGGAGGAAGCUCAGUUUGCGGAUUCAAGCAUAAAGGUUGUCAUCGCUCGCCCUGCAGUGCUCUUUGCUCCGGCUGAAGUGCUCGCUAAGCACGAAACGACCAUGCCGGUGGAGCAUUUUGCGGCAUACGUGGCUUCAAUGAAGUACGAAGACGUGAAGGCUGCACUGGAAUCAGUUAACGCUUCGGUCGCUGUACGCACAGCUACGGCAAAGGUGACUCUCAAGGCCAACGUUGACGUGUUUUUUGGACGCAAAGGAAUUGGCAAAGACGCUAGACAAGCCGCAGCUUUCGUGGCUGGCGACCGAGAGUUGAGCAAACUGGGGACACACACACACACACAACAACAAACCACUGUAGCUAUAAAAUAG